AUGGCGAGGAUAGUGGUAUUGGCCACUGGUUUCAUGGCCAUAUGCGCCUUGUCGUUCUCCCCCGCGGGCGCCGCCUCGCUCUCCCCCGCUCCGCCACCCUCUGAUUGCUCGGACAUCGUGUCCGCCCUGAUGGAUUGCUUUUCGUACGUCACCAACGACAGCACCACUCCUUGUCCCAGCAGGUCGUGCUGCGCAGGCGUCGCCGACGUCGUCACGGAGAGCCCGGAGUGCAUCUGCCAGACGCUGCAGGAGGCUAACGAUCUCGGUGUCGCCGUGAACAUGACCCGGGCGCUCGAUCUCCCCGCCGCUUGCUCCGUCAAGGCGCCCAAAAUCCACUGCGACGCUUCUAGUCCUUCGGCUGCACCUCCAUCACCCCCACGGCCAUCUCCAGGCCCAUCGCCAUCCCCGCGGCCAUCUCCAGUGCCAUCACCGACCCCGCGGCCAUCUCCAGUGCCAUCACCAAACCCACGGCCAUCUCCAGUUCUAUCGCCGCCGCCAACUACACCGCCAUCUCCACCGCCAGCUACUCCAUCUCCAACACCGGCAACUCCGCUGCCGAACUCGGCUGUUACUCCAUCACCGACUCCUGCUUCAGCACCCAUGUCAUCCGAAGCACCGAGGCUGGCUUCUGUUGUGGUGGCCAUUGCAGGCCUUGCUUCUGCUAUUUUCUAUCAGAUUCAUUUCUGUUAAUUUAGAUCAGUACGAUGGCAAAUGCAUUCUGAGCUUUGUUAGGAGGUGUCUAGUUUUAGUUUCCAUCAGGAAUUAAUUGUCCUCUUUUUCCUUCUUUAUAAUAACAAUUCAGGAUUAUUC